UUUAUGGUCCCUAAAAUAAGCAAUUUAAUUAAAUCCUGAUUUUAUGGGGUUUUUGUUUGUUUCUUUGUUCUUCUUUCUUACGGGCUUAAUUCAGUUUGAUCCUCAGUAUCUUGGUAAAAUCCUACCAGUUUCUUGGAUGCUUUUGUCCUCUUUCCUCUUCAUCCUCCUUCCAACCCCUGUAAUGCAUUAUAAUUAUGUGGCUCAAAAAUGUCUUCAUUACCAGUCCAUCACAGGUUGUUUAGGCUUUGAUCUGCUUUUCCAUGAGAUAAUACAUUAAGGGAUGGAACAAAUGGUGUUUGGUCUUGCCUGCACUGGACUGGGCAGACUGGAUUCAGCAAGCAGCAAGGCUCCACACUGAGGGAUUGACCACAUUUCCUACUGGAACAAGGCAACUGCAAUGGAAAAAAUGUGUUCUUAUUGUCCUAGGAGCAACUGAUGAUACAAAGGACAAUGUACAGUGUAUAUCCUGAUGACAUUUUGUGUACUGUGACAUGGUUUUUGCCAUGGCAUCUGAGACUGAAAAGGCCCAUGCUCUUCUUCAGACUUUCAGCACAGCUUCGGUUAUUUCUAGUCUAGGUUUGGGAAUAUUCUGCUUUGUAGCAGACAGAAUUCUGCAGUUUUCCUUCAUUCAGCAAAAUGACUGGCUCAGAGCCUUGUCUGAUAAUGCAGUACAUGGUAUACUAGGAAUGUGGUCCUGGGCAAUAGUGAUUGGACUCAGGAAAAAAAGUGACUUCACUGAGGUUACUCUGGCUGGCUUCCUCGCUUCUGUCAUUGAUGUGGACCACUUCUUUCUUGCUGGUUCUCUGUCAUUAAAGGCUGCUCUGACUCUUCCACAGAGACCACUUCUUCAUUGUUCUACUGUGAUUCCUGUUGUGGCUCUGACAUUAAAGUUUAUUAUGCACCUUUUCAGGCUUAAGGAUUCAUGGUGCUUUCUUCCCUGGAUGUUGUUCAUAUCCUGGACUUCUCAUCAUGUCCGUGACGGGAUUCGUCAUGGCCUCUGGAUCUGCCCAUUUGGAAAAACUCCUCCUUUGCCAUAUUGGCUGUAUGUGGCAAUUACAGCAUCUUUACCUCAUCUGUGUUCAUUUAUUAUGUAUUUAACAGGCACUAGAGAAUUAAUGUCUAUAAAACAUGGAAUCCACAUUGAUGUAUAAGAAUGACAGCUCUUAAAGGUUGUUUGUAUUAGCACUUGAAAUAAGCUAUCAGUUUAUCACUGAAGUGGUUUCCUUAUGGUUCCUAUGACUUCAGAGUUAGGCAUUUUAAGCCUGGGGAGCCAGUUACAGCUCCUGCGUCAAUUACUUGUGGUCAUAGAAACCUAUUUAACGAAUGGUAAUAAUUUUGUAUCUAUACAUUCCCCUUGUAAAUAUGUGGUCUUACAUUAUAGUUCAUGCACAGCUACCUGAUUUAUAAAAUACUUAGUCUCUCUCUGUAGUAGACAUUACAUUUUACUGUCAUGGUACCAUUCACCUAAUCACCAUUCACUUUGGAUUUGUAUUCUGCCUUUAGACAAUACAUUUCAUCUAGAUAGCAUUUGCAGAGCAUUUUAAAAAUGAAAAGCACUAUAUAAAUGCUAAGUAUUAGUGAGAAUUUAGUAGUGUAUGGCACUUCUGAAAAAACAUCAGUUAGCCUUUUGAAUUUAUUUGUUUGUUUUUCUGCUGGACUCUUUUAUUCAACUGUUUUAAAAGAAAUGCUGUCACAAAAUGCAACUGUGUAUCUGCACUUCUCUGAACACUGCUAUCCUGUAGUGUUUCUACUAAAUUCUCUUCCUGUGUAGUUGCUUGGUACUCAGUUUGCAGAUAACUAGUAACUAUAAUUUGUGGUUAGAAGGGAGAAGGCAAUUUGGUUACAGUAUUAUGUAUGUUGGCCAAAUUGUUUAAUUUUUAAAAUAUACUAAUUAGGAAUAUUAUUAAAUUUGGAACUAGGGAAUUUUAGUAAACAUUUGAGGAUUGUGUAAAGGCAAACUUAUUUAUUACAGUAAAACAUAAGCUGCAGGGAAGAUUCAGGAAGAUACAAGAAAAUCAACAUUGCCCAAAAUGUGACCUUACUAUGGUACUUGUAACCAGUAUUUUCCAUUAAGUUGUAAUAUCAUCAUUAUUGUUGUAAAAUAAAAUUAUUAUUAUAUUGAAAUAGAAAUUUCCUCAUAAUAAGUUCCUUAAGGAACUUAAGGAAAAAUGUUAUUAUGUUGCAGGUUCAUAAUGUAGUAAUUUACACUGUGGACUGUUCAAAGUAACAGUUUUCAUUUCUGAAAUUUCUCAGAAAAAAUCCCCAAGUAAAAAUUAACAGUAAAAAACCCAUCUAGUUUACAGUGUACAAGCUGAGAACUGUCUAUUAAUAAUUGUUUUGUUAAUUUUUUACUCAUUGGACUCCAUUGCCUAUUAAGGAGAUGGGGGCUUAAUUACUACAUUUUGUGACGAAUGGCUGACAAAAUGAUUGCUUUUAUGGAAGACCAUAUAUAGGGUAGCAUGUGCUGAACUUAAGUUAUGAAAGAAUGCAAAGAUUAGGUGAUAUGUUCAUAUUACAUUUAUGUUAGUAAAUGUGUGUUAGCAUAAAGUACAAAAAAACUACUGAAAGUGUUAACUGGCUGGCUUAAUGGGUACCAGAUAAAAUCUGUGUCUUUAAAGUAGUAAAAGCUCUCUGCAAGCCCACUAAGCUCAUUAUGGAGAGUGUUUCACCCUUCUGCAGUGUGCCUUCCAAAAAGAAUAGUCUCUUCCCUAUUUGUUUUUCAUGUUAGAAAUAUAUGCUUAUGGAAACUUGUCUGACAGUACAGUAGGCUGUUUAGCAUUUACUAUAAGAUGAAUAAAAGUUUUUCUCAUUGGAAAAGCAGAAUAUGCCUUAAAGGAUUAUCCUCAUACUGUGGAUUUCUGCUUUUAUAUGUAAAAGUUUCCCAGAAAGAACAUCACAAAUGUCCUUGGAGCCCUUGGAGCAUGAUGGUUUGGUAGUGGAGAAGUACUGAUCAUUUACUUCUAACCUGUAUUUUAAACUAGGAUAUGAAAUGCUAAUAAUUAAAAUAAUUUGUGCAAGAAGUGAACACUUAAAUAAUGUAGAAAAUUUUCUGUGUUCUUGUUUCAUGGUAUAAUAUUUGUAUGAUUUUGUGCUUUAUCCAGAUUUGUUGCAAAGGGAAAUGUAUAUAGGAACAAAGUGAACAAUUACAUUCUUAUUUUUUAUUGUAGCUGUACCAUUUUUGGUGACUAUGUCCACCAACAAUCCUUAAGAGUGGUACUGUACUGUUCUAGCUGUGUUUAAGGAUCAGUUAAUAGGUACAUCUUCAGUAGUUUAAGAGCACAUAUUUUCAUUUUCUGUAUUUCUAGCAAUUUUUGUGAGGUUUUUUACAAUAAUUUUCAUCUCUAUUUCAAAAUGUUAUUUUUCUGGUCAUGUUCUUAUACCAGUUCUAUGACAACCAUAGGUGAACACCACUUAGAAAUGUAUUAAGGGAAGUAGCAAGCACUUGUGACACAAUCUCUUUCUCUCUCCAGAGAGACAUGACAGUCUCAUGCCACCUCCUGAUAUUUAGGUACCUUUAGCUCAGGCCAUUGCAACUUUUCAAGGUAAACUGACACGUUGUAUGUAAUGCUGUAAUUUGUGGGUAGCCAGAUUAGAGAACAAAUAAGUUAAAUAUUUGUUUCAGCCUGUAUCACCUAGGAAAUACUUGUAAGGAAUUGUUAGGCAAUUCAUUCAUAAUAGGCAGGUGUAUUUCACAUAUAUUUCAAAUUCAUUGAUAUUUCCAACUAUGCAUUGAUACCUGCCAUGUGUAGCAAAGCCAUGGCAGAAAUAAACGAAGAUAGUAAAAACAUAGUUGUUUUGUGCUUUACUGCAUGUGUUACAAUGAAGGAUAAAUUGAAGUACAAAAAGCAUGUGAAUUACACAAACUGGUUAACAAACUCAAGCUAAUAAUUUCAUGCACAAUGUAUGAUACAUAUCACUAAAAUAUUAGUUAUUUCAGUGGUUAAUUUAAUAUGCUAAACUUCUUCCAUGUAUUUUCAAGUUGUAGUUACAAACUU